CUCCAAAAAGAUAGAAAGAUGCCCAUUGGCACCAUUACCACCUUUCCUCUUUUUUUUCUCUCUCUCCUCUCUCUCUCUCUCUCUCUCUCUUCUCUUCCAGCCUUAUAUGCAUUUCUUUCACUGUACUUUUCAGAUAGAACAGACAUUGAUACUUUAGAAAAAAAAGCUCUAAUCAUCACCAUCACCAUCACCAGAGAGAGAGAGAGAGAGAGAGAGAGAGAUAGAAACACAGAAGAGUGAUCAAAUGGGUUCUUCAGGGCAGAGCAGUAACUACGAUCUGUCAUUCAAGAUCUUGUUGAUCGGAGACUCUGCCGUCGGCAAAAGUAGUCUUCUUGUUAGCUUCAUCUCCAACUCUGUUGACGAUCUUGCCCCCACCAUUGGUGUGGAUUUUAAAAUCAAGCUGCUCACUGUAGCUGAGAAGAGAAUUAAGAUGACAAUUUGGGACACAGCUGGACAGGAGAGGUUCAGAACAUUAACAAGCUCUUACUACAGAAAUGCACAAGGAAUCAUUCUUGUGUAUGAUGUGACUCGGAGAGACACCUUUACCAACUUAUCAGAUGUAUGGGCUAAAGAAGUGGAGCUCUACUCAACUAAUAAGGACUGUGCCAAGAUGCUUGUUGGAAAUAAAGUCGACAGAGAAUCUGAAAGGGCUGUAAGUAGAGAAGAGGGGCUUGCUCUUGCAAAAGAUCUUGGAUGUUUGUUUCUUGAAUGUAGCGCUAAAACUAGAGAAAAUGUGGAGCAAUGCUUCGAAGAGCUAGCAUUAAAGAUAAUGGAAGUUCCUAGUCUCCUGGAAGAAGGUUCAACUGCAGCAAAGAGAAAUAUUUUGAAGCAGAAACAGGAAAAUCAAGCACCUCCUAGCAGCGGUUGUUGUUCGUAAAAUGCCGCCAUUUGCAUUGCACCUUAUAUGAAGCUUGACUCACAUCAUGAACAGAUCAUGUAUAUGUAAUUUCCAUUUUUUUUCCUCUUACUGCUGGUGUCUAGUUAUUGAGUUGCAUAAUUGUUUGUUUCAUUUAAAAUAGACAAAUUGCCACUCAAAUAGCAUUCAUAUUAGCUUGUGUAAA